AUGAUCAACGACACUUUUGCCCUUGGAGAACUGGACACAAAUGUAUCGGAGUCACUGUCACCUCUCUCUCUCACCCAUAACCAAAGUGUGUUCCCUGCGCUCCGACUGGAGUCCAAGUCUCUCGUCACUUCAGCCACAAUGUUCGCCGUGGGUGUUCUGGGAAACAUCAUCGCCAUCGUUGUGCUUUGUAUUUCCAAAAAGGAGCAGAAGGAAACCACUUUCUACACCCUGGUCUGUGGAAUGGCCAUCACGGAUCUGUUGGGAACAUGCUUCACCAGCCCGGUGGUGAUCGCCACAUAUGUGGCCAACCGGUGGCCAGGAGGAGUGCUACUCUGCCACUUCUUCUCCUUCUCCAUGCUUUUCUUCGGCUCAGCAGGGAUGUCCAUCCUGUGCGCCAUGGCCGUGGAACGAUACUUGGCCAUAAACCAUGCGUAUUUCUACUCCCAGCACAUCGACCGCACAAUGGCGCGCUUUGCGCUCCUGCUCACGUACCUGGCUAACGUCUUACUGUGUAUCAUGCCCAGCUUGGGCUUUGGGCAGCACGUCAGGCACUUUCCAGGGACUUGGUGCUUCAUGGACUGGAGGGCGAUGGAUCCACUUGGAGCUUGCUACUCCUUAUUGUACGGCGGCGUGAUGCUGGUGCUGAUCGCGGUGACUGUUUUGUGUAAUUUGGCGGUGUGCAAGUCGUUGGUGGGGAUGAACCAGACCACAGGGAUUGUCAGGACCGAGUCCUGUGAGCAGGGAGGAUCACGUCGCCGCUUCCCCAGGCUGCCGUCGGCCACCUCAGCGGCGGAGAUUCAAAUGUUCUGGCUUCUGAUCUUAAUGACCAUCGUUUUCCUGGUCUGCUCCAUACCUUUAGUUGUGCGCAUCUUCGUGAACCAGCUGUACGACCCUGCUUAUAUCUCAGCUGGAGGGAAGCCCGACUACCGCAGCGACAUGUUGGCGAUCCGCUUCGCCUCAUUCAACCCCAUAUUAGACCCCUGGGUGUACAUUUUGUGCAGGAAGAACCUACUACUAAAAGGCUGCGAGAAGCUGAAGAGGACAGUGGUCAGCGUUAGAGACGAAAACAUCCGCUGGGUGGGGGGUCAACACUCCCCUCCGUCUCUACACAGCAACGACACCAGCUACGCGUCAUUACGCACAGCCUGCUAUAGGAACGACCCGGAACACCACUUGUCCAUCAAGAAUUCAUCUUUCACAGACUUUGCGAUGAGGGAAGCGUGGGAGUACGACACGGCGCGGGGCAACUUCCACCCGUUCAGCGUCGAGUCCACCGCGAUCGUCGGGUGUGAAGAAGAGGAAGCAGCAGCCGCUGGUUCCAAACAGGAGGUGGCAGCCAAGUCGUCUCCAAGAAGCAGCGCAGCGGCGCUCCUGUCUGCGGACGUUAGAAACGUGGACAUAGUCACUUGCUCGUUCAGCACAUCGAGUUCAUUUCAGUCAGCGAAAUGCCUUUGA